ACCUCAUUUGCAUUAUCUUCACCCUUACAAAUCUAAAAAACCCAAUAUUUUCUCCGCCAUCAACGAUCUUCUUCAAGCUUUUUCUCUCUAGUGCAUGGCAGUACAAUUAUUCUCUCAUGAAAUAUCUGACCUUUGUCUUGGGAAGCCCCCGCUAAGGCCUCUCUCAAUUACUGCUAAAAUUUCUGACGCUCUCUCAUUUUUCCGGCGAUCUUCUGGCGACACUUCGCUUACCGUUUGGUCUUCUUCGUCGCUUUCCGGUGAAGCUUCCAAAUGUGUAGGAAAAAUUAGUGUUGUUGAUGUUCUGUGUUUUCUUUGUCGAGAAGAUAAUAUCUCUUCUCCUUUUCUCGCUUUGAGCUCUCCUGUCUCUGUUCUCCUUCCUCCGGAGGGUUCCACCAUUGUAAAGCUCUUGGAUCCUUCUUCCAGCAUACUUGAUGCAGUAGAUAGCAUCCUUGAAGGUGCUCAAGGUCUCAUAGUGCCUAGGAGGAGCCGCAACAGCAGCAGUACAAAACAAAAGCCUCAAAAACCUCCUGUGGGGCGACAAUACUGCUGGAUCACUCAAGAAGAUGUAAUCCGUUUCUUCUUUAAUUCCAUCAACCAUUUCUCUCCCGUCCCAUUCAACUCUCUCCAAUCCCUUAAUAUAAUCGAGGAGAAAAUCCUAUCUGUUCAUUACAACGAUCCUGCACUGUCUGCCCUCGCAGAAAUCUGCAAUUCUCCUUCUGGCCAAACUGCUGUGGCAGUAGUAGACGACCAAGGUAGAUUAGUUGGUGAGAUCUCGCUUUACACGCUUGCUUGCUGUGACGAGACUGUUGCUCCUGCUGUCGCUACUCUUUCAGCCGGUGAUCUGAUGGCUUACAUCGACUAUGGCGGCCCACCAGAAGAUCUUGUUCAAUUAGUCAAAACAAGGUUAGAAGAGCGGAAAUUAGAUCAAAUGUUGGAACUUUUAGAAGACGAUCACUCAACUUCUUCGACAUCCUCUUGCUUAAGUUCGUCUCCCUCUUCCUCAUCCGAUGAUGAAGUUACUGUAAAACGAUCAAGAACUAACUCGGGGCGAUUCACAAGUGGGACAGAACCCAUUGUUUGUCACCCUAGGAGCUCUUUAAUCGCCACGAUGAUACAAGCAUUAUCACAUCGGUAUAACCAUGUUUGGGUUGUCGAAGAGGAUUAUAGCUUGAUCGGAAUUGUUACUUUUGUGGGAAUGUUGAAAGUUUUUCGAGAUCGUGUCCCUUGUUUCUCCUAAUUUUGGCCUACAUAUGUAUCUCUAUAUCUACUACUAAAUGAUCAUUAAUCAUGGCGUGGAUAAUGAGAUUAUUGUAUUGUUAUUAAUCAUGGCGUGGAUAAUGAGAUUAUUGUAUUGUUACUUUACUUUUGGGCCAAAUUGUACUAUAAGAUGGUUGUAUGAAAAAAAUUAUCGGUUCAAGUACAGUAUAUGAUAUACAGUACUAUGAUAAGAACUUUGAUAUUUGUAGCAUAGUUUGUGAUCAUAGAACUUAUUCUGAAAUGUCAUUAUCAAUUUAUCA